AUGCCUUACAAAUACAUCGGUGUGAAGUCCCUGUAUGAGGGCCGACCUCUAUUUAAGCUACUAUGUCACCUCAAGGAUUUUGGCAAGAACCGAAUCGUGUAUCGCACUUUCGAAUACUACCAACAUCCCGGUGAGAUUCAUUUCUACCGUAUUCUCAAGGCCCAACCCGAAAUGGACGAGAAGACCUUACACGGGCGUGUCGUGGCCGAACGUAUUUUCCGCGGCUUACGCCUCACCAAUCCCGUUCUUCUCUCAGAGGAAGCCUACAAGCCCGAUUUUCGACUCGUGCCUAAAGAGGAAGAGAACGAGUUCUGUCAGUGGGAUAAAGUGACGCAAUAUGACAUUAAGAAGCAUGCGCCACAUCGCUCUGAAUUUAUGGCCAUGCCUCCAUUACUCAAAGAAGUAAUACGUCGUCAACGUUUAGCCCGAGGCGAGAAAGUCGAAGCUAAAGAUCUGCUUCUACCCGCCUACAAGAUUUACUCUGGCGAUCACAAUAUCAACGAGGGCGAGGUAGAUUCGUCCAUCCUCUCGGACCACAUCACCCACCCUUAUGAUACACACAAAGACUUUGAUCCCGCUAUGAUUCCCGAUGAGUGGAACUAUGAACGAUACAACCUCCAAGUGGGCCAUCGGAAGUGGUCGGGCUACGUGGAAGGCCACGGCUGGGAAGAACAUCUAGCCAAGGAAGAGGCCGAACAAGCUUAUCUAGACAAGUUAAACCUUAAAGCCAAGUUGCAAGAGCAACAAGUGUAAAUAAACGGGAUUGUUCUAUUUUA